ACAGCCACGAAGGACACACAGAAGCGAUCCCACGCGAUACGAUGUGUGCUUCCCCGGCCCCCUACGGCGCCUGCAGGUGGUGUGCUCGAUACCCUAUAAACCUGACCCGUCUGCGGGAGCAUGUGUUGACCGAGAUAAACUCGUCUUCAUGGAGCCAACAAUGGCGGAUGGCAAACACCAGUAUACCGCCGCGGACGUUGAGCUCGAAAACUCAGAACAGAAGGUGGUGCGGCAGAAGACGAAAUGGUACCGCUCGACGAUCUACAACGCGGUCAUUUUGGGAGUGUGCAACCUUCUAGCACCGGGCCUCUGGACUGCUGUGAACUCCCUCGGAGCGGGAGGGGGGCAGAACCCAUCCCUAGUUAACGCAAGCAACGCGUUAUUAUACUCUCUCAUGGUCCUCACCUGCAUCCUGUCAAGUGUCGUGGUCAGAGCGAUCGGGAUCCAGUGGACGCUCAUCAUUGGCACCAUGGGAUAUGUCCCAUAUACCGCCGGGAUCUACACCAACAACAGGUUCGGCACCGAGUGGUUUGUCCUCUUCGGCGCCGCACUGUGCGGCUUGUCGGCUGGUGUCUUCUGGAUGUCCGAAGCGGCGAUCGCUCUCUCAUACCCCGAGCCAUAUAACCAGGGUCGCUUCUUGGGGCUUUGGCUCACCUUCCGAGUCGCCGGACAAUGCCUCGGAGGCGCGAUCAAUCUGGGCAUCAAUGCUAACAGGAGCGAGGCCGGCAGUGUCUCAUACACAGUGUACCUCGUCUUCAUCGCGCUGCAGAUACUCGGGCCGUUCGCAGGCCUCUUGCUGAACAGGCCCGAUCAAGUCGAGCGAAAGGACGGCGUCCCAGUUCGCCUGCAGAUCACGAACGGCAACAUCGCGGAGCUGCGGGAGACAGCGAGGCUCUUCUGUACCAAGAACUUCCUGCUCAUAGCCCCCCUCAUCGUGCAAGCGGUCUAUUCUGAGGCCGUCGUAUACACGUACCAGUCGCUCUGGUUCACCGUGCGCGUGCGCGCACUCGGCUCAUUCCUCUCCGGCAUCGUAGCCAUGAUCGCGGGCAACCUGCUCGGCGCCUUCCUCGACUACAAAAAGCUCAAGUUAUACACCCGCGCACGUUGGGCGUUCUUCGUCGUCUUCGGCUUGCAGGGCAUGUGGUGGCUCUGGGCAACGGUCCUCGUGACUGAGUUCCGCAGAACACAGCCGACGUACGACUGGGUCGACCCGGGCUUCGGCAAAGGCUUCGCCCUGUUCCUCUUCCAGAUCAUCGGUUUCCAGAUCCAGUACCUAUACCUGUAUUUCGCAGUCGGGAACAUAGCAAACAGCGAGGAGGAGGUUGUGCGCAUUGCCGGGCUGCUGCGAGGCGUCGAGUCGGCUUCACAGGCUGUUAGCUACGGAUUGAACAGCAUGCCCAUCUUCGCCCAGGUCGGCGGAGUGUAUUUGAACUUUGGCCUGUGGGCCAUCUCGCUGUACCCCGGUUGGCUGGUCGUCCGACAGAUCGGAUAUGGGCUGGGAGAUAGGAAGGUCAACCGCGAGGCGAAACUGGCGCAGGAAGAGGGCGAGGAGGUCAAGAGUGCCAGCAUAACCGAAGAAUCGGCAAGUAAAUAGACUUCUCUUACCCGUGCAAUCUAUGGGGUAGCAAACCAUUGUAUGAAUGAUAGACCAGUGUGCUGCGCUUAAUGCGUCGUACGGCCUCCCGUGCACCCUUCCUUCAGUUUUCGGUGCACGGCUUUGUUGAUAGAUCCCUAGACAACAGAACACGUAGUACAACUCAGUACCUCCACUUACUAGCGACUCAAUGCUUCGAG